AAUCACAAAUAAAAAAGAAGAGAAAGAAGAAAAAACGGAAAAUACGAUGUGUGUGUAAAGUGUGCAUUGCAGUAGUCAAUUGAGGAAUAAAUUGGGCCAAAUUUAAAUAAAUUAUUUGUACUAGAGCACAUGGUGUACAAACAUACGUAAGAUAAUCAAACGAGAGACGUGUUAGUGACGUGAAUCUUACUUGUCGGAUUUUAUUAUCCACCAUACAUACACACACACACAAUUUAUAAAAUAUUAAGAUUAAUAAUAGAGAAAUAUACAAAUAAGUUAUUGUGCAGUGUUAUAAUUCAGUUGAUGUGAGCAAAUUGAAACAUAAAAUAUUCAAGGAGCAAAAAAAUCUGAAGAAAAGGGCAAAACCACCCCAAAAAAACAAAUAAAUAUUCAUUAUAUUAUACCGAAAGUGCGAAACAGGAUACAUGCUGUUAUAAUAUAAAUAAUUUUAAAAAUAUUAUAAUGAGUUUUUGGAGCUGAAUCUCUGCAUAAUUUUAAUUUUGUGUUAGAAAAGUGGAAAUAGAUAAGACGUGUUAAACAUGUUAUCUAAUUUAUAUUAUAUAAAAAUUGAUGAAAAGUUGAAAAUAUGGGCACAAAUAUUUCUAUUUAUAAUAUUAUUUGCGCUUGUGCAGACAACAUCAUCGCCGAAUUCAUCACCACCACAGAAGCGAGCUGGAGGAACGGAAACAAUAAAAGACCAUUGCAACAAGACAGUUGAUAUAUUUGAAGAUGUGACAUCUCCGGAGUUGACUAGUUUAAAUAGAUACCGUCCAAUGACAUGCUCCUAUCGCUUUAGAAAUAUUCGCGGUACUGCCAGAGACUGGGUAUUGCGAUUGAGAUUCAAAAAGUUCAAAGUCGGCUCAUUAGUAAAUGCUACGUACUGCGAAGGAGGGUAUUUACAGAUUGUUGAUGGAAAUGCCAAAACAGAUGUGUCAAACAGACGAGAACCAGGAAUGUUUUGUGGUGAAACCGAGCAACCACAAAUAUUUAUUAGCGAAACAAGCUAUGUUAAAAUAGUGUUUCAUACAGACAACUUUACAGAUCAGACGUACUUCUCUUUUGAUUCACGAGCUGAACAACAAAUGGAAGUUUAUUUAAGAUAUGGACAGCAUCCAGAACUCUAUCCGAACCGAAGAGGUGAAGUUGUUUCAGGGUCCUACUGCGAACGAGAAUUUCGAGACUGUCGCCUGCAAACUUGUUAUGUGCAGUCACCUGCAUAUCCUGGUAUCUAUCCAAGAGCAUUGAAAUGUCGUUACCGUUUACACACAAGGCAACCAUUUAUCAAACUUUAUCUACAAAAUGAACAAUUCUCCGUUGAUGGACAAAGGUGUGAGAAUAUAAUGACAUGUCCUAUGAAGGAAAUUGGAUCGGGUUCUGAGCAUUGUCCAUAUGACUGGCUAGCAGUGUAUGAUGGACGUGACGAGCAUGCACCUCCAAUCGGAAAAUUCUGCGGAAUGGGUAAAUUUCCGUUCAGUAUUAUUGGCACGUCGCAGUACAUGUAUGUGGAAUUUGUAUCAUCGCCCGCUGGUCCUCUGUUGAACACCGGAUUUCACUUUAACGUGGGCAACUGGCCAGGGCAUGUUGACACUGCCGGUAUCAAGCACGGAGCAUGUGACUGGCUUUUGUCAUCUGAUGCCUUGAAAUUAACAAGUGCCUCUGAAGGUAUAUUUUUAAGUGUGGCGCAUUGGUAUCCACCAAACACAUCGUGCAGCUAUCAUAUCCAAGGUCAUGAGGGAGAAAUAGUUCGUUUGUAUUUCCCAAGUUUUCGCAUCAACCGCAUAGAGGCACCAAUUAUCAAGCAUGAUACAGAUUGUGCUGAAUCGUUGACCAUUUAUGAUGCAGGACAUCCUGAUCCUGCUCGGAUAAUUAAAACGUUCUGUGAUACAUUCUCGCGUCCCAUGGAAAAGGUGGAUUUCGUGAGUACGGGCCGGUCGUUGUUUGUUAAAUUCGUUAGUAAGACCGGUUCCUACAGCGGCAGUUCACUGUAUUACUGGGCCCACUAUGAUUUCUUCAACAACACAAAGCACGGAGAUGCCGUUCCGGGCACAAUGUGUGAUGAAAUAUUUCCGGCAUGGAAAUAUACAAAAGGAAGAUUAAGAUCGCCACAGAAUACAUUAAUUUACAAACGGGCAGCUGGCAGUGAUAUCAGGUGUCAGUACAAAUUUUCGCCAGAUAAGCGGUUGUUCGCUCGUGUUGUCAUUGAAGUAACAAAUAUUUCAUUCAAAGUUGAUCCUUACUCUCCCGCUUCUUGUACGAAAUGUCACGAGGAACGCGUAGAUAAAUUAAUGUUGUGGGAAGAGAAAAAUAAGAUACAACACAGAAUGGCAUGUUUCUGCGACAAUAUUCCACGACCGAUUCGUGUAAUAUCGUCGGGAGAGCAUUUGAAUUUGGAGUUGAUGAUUCAGGGCCAACAUGCUGUAAGUAGUUACUUCAAAAAUCCAAAUACCUUAUUUGAAGCAUCUUACGAGUUCGCGCACGGUCCCAUCUGCGGUCCAACCGUAUUGGGACCAGCUAGCAAGGGCGAUCUCAUAUUUCCAUUCAGGAAUGCUCUGGGAAUGCCACUAGUAACAGAGCAACGUCGCGAAAAAUGCAUUUGGGAAAUAAAAGUGGCACAACAAAGAGAUCUGUGGUUGCACUUGGAAAAACACAAAUUCGGUGACAGGGGAUGCGAAGGAGCAAAAAUUGAAAUUUUCCUAUCGGGAAGACUCGAGCCUAAAUACGUUAUCUGUCCUGAAAAUGCCUCACUUGCUGCCGAUAUUCCAAUUUUGUCUGCAGCUGAAUUAGGUGCGACAGAUUUGACACACGAACCGCCCCCAGUAAUUAUUCAAUACACCGGAGAUAAUUCUCCGGGCAAGAAUAUUUUCAAAAUUCAAUGGAGUGAGUUGUACCAUCUACCACGGUUGGAUCCCAGUUUGACACCAGCGCAACUCGUCGAUGGCUGCGACUUCCACUGCCCUGGCGACUCAGGUAUUUGUCUGCCACGCCAUUUGAUAUGCAAUGGCAUUAUUAACUGCCCCAAUGUUUCAUCACACACAUUCGACGAAAUUCUGUACAAUGUCGAAGAAAAUCUCGAUCGUUUAGGUAUUACAAACAAGAAGAUAUUUAAAAAUAUUAGAUAUUUAAGUGACGAAUCUCCUGAACUGUGUAAUUUAACAGAAAAUGAUUUAGUUCAUGACAAUGAAUUCACUAAAUUGUGUCUUUUAUUCUUCGGAAUGUGUUCCGUACUCGUCAUUUUUAUUAUGGUAUUAUUUAAAAUGUGUAGGAGAACUAAAACUGUAUAG